GGAGUGGUUUGCUUCCUUUUGGGGAGUAGAUUAUGUGAUGUCACUGGAGCAGCCAGCGCCCCUUCCACCAAACAAGCCAAGCAUGCGCUCCAGUCGAGAAUCUUAAACGCGUUUGAGCUGUCAGUUGCCUGUAAAGAUAGAUUCAUAUAAAUACGGCACUCUCGAAAUAAAUAGGGAUUUGUUUUGUGUUUGCCAGGUUAGUUAGUUGUAAGUGUAAUAGUGUUCAUUUUAACUAGCUGCCAGCGUUUUCAGUGUCCGAAGUUGGAACAUUACUGGUAGAAGGAACAGAAAGGUGCGGGUGCGAUUUACUACCUUCACGCACUCCGCAAUAGCUUAUCAGACAACCAGAGUCUGGUGAAAAAUUCUGAGCCUACCAAAGAGCCAAUGGGCUAGCUGAAUGUAGUUAUUCUCCGUUUAAUUAUUAGUUUAAAAGGACGACACAGUAUUUGCUAACACGGAUGUGUUACGCGGAUGAUAUUGCGCUCUCUGUCAUUUUUUGACGUUUUUAAUUUAGAUUUACUAUUCACUUCAUCUGACUGUCAGCGAACGUUGUUUGGCCAGCUAGCUAGCUAAACAACGACAAUGUCGGAUAAUCAGAGUUGGAAUUCUUCGGGUUCCGAUGAAGAUUUGGAGAACGUCGAAUCUGGAGUCGGACAGUCUGCAAUUGGAAUCGCCGAGUUCGGUGGAAUCCUCAGCAAGUGGACCAACUACAUUCACGGCUGGCAGGAUCGUUGGGUUGUUCUGAAGAACAACACUCUGAGUUACUACAAGUCUCAGGAUGAGAGGGAGUUUGGCUGCAGAGGAUCCCUGUGUCUCAGCAAGGCUGUCAUAACUCCCCAUGAGUUUGAUGAGUGUCGGCUGGACAUCAGUGUUAACGACAGUGUGUGGUACCUGAGAGCCAUUGACCCAGAGCACAGACACCAGUGGAUCAACUCCAUCCAACUGCACAGGAGUCUAAGAGAGGGGAGGAUAGACAGUGGAGUCAUCCAGAGGACAUCACUAGUCCCCUCAACAGCUGUGUGUUUAAUGGCUGAGUCUGGGUAUGGUUCAGAGUCCAGUCUGAGGAGACACGGCUCCAUGCUGUCUCUCACAUCGGCUACCAGCGGAUAUUCUGCCACAUCCACUUCCUCUUUCAAGGGUCACAGCCUUAAAGAGAAGCUGGCGGAGAUGGAGACGUUCAGAGACAUCCUGUGCAGACAGGUGGACACCCUGCAGAAGUACUUUGACGGCUGCGCGGAUGCUGUCUCCAAGGACGAGCUGCAGAGAGACAAAAUUGUGGAGGACGAUGAAGAUGAUUUCCCCAACACUCGGCCUGACGGAGAGUUCAUCCACAACAACAAUGGCAGCAAGGAGAAGCUCUUCCAGGCUCUGAGCCCUAAGGGAAUCAGUGGGAUAGACUUUAAGGGCGAGGCCAUCACAUUUAAGGCCACUACAGCUGGUAUCCUGGCCACCUUGUCCCACUGCAUUGACCUGAUGGUGAAGAGGGAGGACAGCUGGCAGAAGAGACUGGACAAGGAGAUGGAAAAGAGGCGGAGGAUAGAGGAUGGAUAUAAGACUCAUCUCUCAGAGCUCAAGAAGAAGUCUCACUUCGGUGGGCCGGAUUACGAGGAGGGGCCCAACAGCCUAAUCAAUGAGGAGGAGUUUUUUGAUGCCGUUGAAGCCGCUCUAGACAGACAAGACAAGAUUGAGGAGCAGUCUCACACAGAGAAGUCAAGGAUACACAGGUCCAGUCCAGUUCCCCCAGGAGAUGUUUAUUCCACCAUUGGAUCACACAGAUUUUCUGACAAGCCAUUUUCCCUCUCCGGUGUCAUUCACUCUUCUGUCAUAGUCACUCUCCCACAAGAAGUCCACAGAUUCAGCUCUGAGGUGGAGGAGAUGGUGCAGAAUCACAUGACCUACUCACUGCAGGAUAUGGGUGGAGAUGCCAACUGGCAGCUGGUAGUGGAGGAGGGAGAGAUGAAGGUGUACAGAAGAGAGGUUGAGGAGAACGGUAUUGUCCUGGACCCCCUGAAGGCCACCCACUCAGUGAAGGGAGUGACGGGACACGAGGUGUGCCACUACUUCUGGGACACAGAUGUACGCAACGACUGGGAGACUACCAUUGAGAACUUCAACGUUGUGGAGACGUUAUCAGACAACGCUGUUAUAGUCUAUCAGACACACAAGAGGGUGUGGCCGGCCUCCCAGAGAGAUGUGCUUUACCUGUCAGCCAUGAGGAAGAUCCUAGCUAACAAUGAGAACGACCCAGACACCUGGCUGGUCUGCAACUUCUCCGUGGAUCAUGAAAACGCAAUGCCCACCAACAGGUGUGUACGUGCCAAAAUCAAUAUUGCCAUGAUCUGCCAGACCCUGGUCAGCCCACCAGAGGGUGACAGAGAGAUCAGCAGAGACAACAUCACCUGUAAAAUCACUUAUGUUGCCAACGUGAACCCAGGCGGCUGGGCUCCUGCCUCAGUGCUGAGAGCCGUGGCCAAGAGGGAGUACCCAAAAUUCCUCAAACGCUUUACCGGGUAUGUCCAGGAGAAGACGUCCGGGAAACCCAUCCUCUUCUAAGGCUCAUAAGGGUCACUGCACACCUGUCCACACAGACUGUUCCAAACAUAGCAUUCAACCCUAGCUAGCCCUUAUGCCAGCUAGUCCUUUUCUAGACUAGCUUCCAUGCUAGCGUUCAUGCUAGCAUUCAUGCUAGGUCUCCAGCUAGCUUUAAUGUAAACUCAAAUGCUAGCUUCAAUGCUAGUACUUUCUACUAGCUUGCUUUAUGCUAGAUUGCUAUACUAGCUCUUACGCUAAUUGUUAUGCUAGCAUCCUAUGCCAGCCCCCACAUUGGCUAGCAUGCUAAUGCUGACAUUUCCAUGAGAAUAGCCAAAUGUCAAUUUUGUUCUGUUUUCAGGCAGAGAUAUAAUAUAUAAAUGUAUGUAUGUGUUAUAAGAAAUUUAUAAGAAAGCAAUUUUCAAGAUGUAAAGAAAAAACAUGGCUCUAUUUUAGUCCUGCUUUUUGUAUUUGUCCUUUUUAAAAAAAAAGUUUGUUCAUAUCUGGUUGAUUUAGCUUUUUAUAAUAAUCAGUGGUGUCACAGCUUACUCAUGCUGCUAAUUUUUCUAGUACGACAACCUUUCGGCCACUUUUUUGAUCAUCUUGUUUGUAAGAAACAAAAAAACCGAGUCCAGAGGGCUGUCAUUGAACUAUGAUGCCUAUGACAUAAGACUUGACCUUUUGGUCUCUGCCUCUCUGGUGAAAACACCACUUUGCUGGUGCUGAUGGAGGGUGGAGAUGAAAGUUUUUUUUUUUGCUUUCAGGUAUUGAAAAUGUAUAAAAUGUGUUCUCUUCAUUUUAGGGGGGUUGUAUAUGUAUGUCAAUAAUGACAUGCUGCAAUAGCACAAUUUAGAGUUGGGAUUUCAGAUAUCUUAUUAACUGUAUAAUGUAACCAACCAUUUCUGCUUCAGCACAGUCUGUAAGUGAUUUUGCAGCUGCUUUUUGUGAUUGAGGAAACUCCAUCUGGCUUAGACUACGGUAGAAAAUGCAGUUUGUUUUGGAAUGGGUUAGGCAGCGUGCUGACACGUUACUGUACACCUGUAUGAAAUCACUGAAAGGACAUUGUUUCCGAUCCCUGAUAAUCUGCUUUUUUCUCUUCCGUUUUUUAGUUCUCAAAACCCAGAAAUAACUAAAUGGAAAUCGGAAACUUAACUUUCAAUUAUUUAAUUGGGAUGGCCCAAUUAUAAUUUAAAUGUUGUGAUAUUGCAAUCCACUGAAAAGGCCAGCUAGUAUUUUUCUUGUCAAAUUAAGAGAACUGUACUCUAUGCAGGCUUUCAUUCGAACAUAAUUCAUUUGUUGUGGCGAUUUUACCUUUGUAUGUUUAUGCCUUUACAAAUUGUUUUUAAGUGGAUAGCACUAGUAAUGUAUAAAAUAAGCCAAAUGGAGGGAAACCUUGACCGACAAUUCAAAUUGUACAUCCAUUUUAGUGGAAUAACCAUACUAUUCUUAUAGGAAACUGACCCAAUAUUUUACAGUUAAGUGUCUCUACUCUAAAUUAAGUUACAUUCGUAUUGAAUGGAAUGUAAUGGGGGAAAUGUAAAUAGAAGUGGUCACAUUAAUGCUGUUGAUUUCUUUUUAAGUACUGUGAAAAUGUGGCAAUUCCUUAGCCCUCUUGAAAAUCUAAAAUAAAAUUACAUGUUCUCCAGGUGGGGUUUGAA